CUGAGGUCAUCUGAUCGGAGUCCUGAAGCUUCUCUGACUAAUAGGUAAAAAAAAGUUGUGGAAGCAGUGUGACUCUUUCUUUUCUUCGACCACCAUCGGCCAAUCAUUUGCCAUUGGCAUAUCGUUUUUUGGCUGAACCGCCGUACAAUCUCCAUGGCUGCGCCCGAAUCUCUUCGGUGUAUGGGAUGCACUUGCCCUAAUCACUCGAUCACCUCUUCGCACCGCCAUAUAUCCACUCCCCCGAUUGUGGAUACCUCCGCUAAAGCCGAUCUGGCAUAUCUAAAAACAUGCAACUUAGCACCGUCCGAAGAGGAAGCAAAGUCAUUGAGACACUUCAUAUCCUCAUGCCAAAGUCGGGUGAAGAAACUCAAUGAGGAAGAGUCUUCUUUGCAAGAACUCAUCGUGAACCUUGAACGACGCAUCUCUUCGAGCGAGCGGAGGAUAGCUGCCUUGCAGAAAGAGCGCCGUCAGGCUGUUGCGCAGAUCCGUGAAUGGAGCGUCCUUCUUGAUCCCAUCAGGUGUCUUCCGCCUGAGAUAUGGUCGCGCAUAUUCAGUGAGACCAUCGAAUUUCCCACAUUCCCACAAGCAAGCUUCCGCCUGGAUUCCCAUACCGGCGCGCUGACCCAUUUUCACUGGAACUUCACCGCCGUAGAGAGCACUCUCUGGGCUAUCGAAGGCGUGUGCAAGAAAUGGAAGGCCGUGGCUGUGAACUCUCCUGAGCUGUGGGCUUUCAUCAACAUCGUCAUUUCUGACUCAAAUUUUGGCCCAAACACCAACGGAUAUGUCCGGCGGCUCGGACGGCAAUUGGGUCGCUCAGGAAAUCGUCCAUUGUCGAUCAUCAUUUCUUGCCCGGACUACAAUCGUGAUAGUCUCCCCCCUCAGUUGACCAUGAUGCUUUACUCCUUUUCAGACCGCAUCCAGCAUCUUCGAUUGUAUAUCCCUUCGGGAAUGCUGAAUACUAUCCCAUACCUGGGACUUUCCCUUCCAUACUUAAAAACUCUCUUCAUCCUCUCCACAGACAUGGACAUUACCCCGGAUGCUGACAACAUCAACGAGCCGUUAGAAUUGUUUCCAGUUUGUCCCAACCUGCGGGAACUCCAGUUUGUGGACAUCAAUGAUAACCGUUCAUUUUCUCUUCCCUGGCAACAGAUUACCGAUUACAGGUGCUGGUAUUAUCGCCACGUGGGUCCAGAUGCAUCUGUCCAUAUUUCAAGUCUCGAACGGAUGAUACACCUCCAGGAUUGCUUUUUACGGUGCAGCUUACCGUCCCGGAGGCCAUCUCCAAACAGAGCGCCUCCCCUUUGUCGAGAGUAUCGUCUCUUGGACCUACAUUCCGAUCAUGAUAACGGAGGAGAUAUUGCGCUUCGGCAGAUCAUGGACACGCUGACCUUACCUGCCCUUCAACAACUCAAAGUGACAUGCCCUGCGGGGAGCACCCGUUACUUCAAUGAGGGCACGUUCUCCUCCAUCCACCGUCUUCUUAACCGCUCCAUUCCCCCACUCACUAGACUCCACUUCUGUGGCGGGAGCAUCGUUAUGAAGGAUCUAUUGCACGUCAUCCUCUCGACUCCCAGUCUGGAAGACUUACAGCUCAACGAGCUGUAUAAAGAUACCAUUACACCGGAUAUCAUCAUCGCACUUAUACUGAAUCUCCCUUCCGGUGUCGUGAAUGUACCGCGAUUGCACACUCUCCAUCUUAGUGGUGUCGGAAAAGCGGGGGUAUCUCUGCUUGUCGAUAUGAUUCGCUCUCGGUGGAUUCUUGAUGGAGGCCUUUCAAAAGAUGUCUCACGUUUGAAGUCGAUAAAAAUAGAGAGCGACUACGAUUUUCUUGAACAUUAUUCACAAAUGGCCGUAGAAGCUCAUGAUAUUAGUCAAUGGAUCAGUGACGGUUUAUCUUGCGAGUUUCGUCAGUCGGUUUGAUACAAUAUUUACGAGUAGUAUCAUGUGUUUCGCAUUAGUAUCAUUGUCCCUGAACCAUGAGAGCAGCGCUCUCAGGAAU